AUGUCACAAAUUCGCCCCUCGCGCAGCCUCGCCGGCAAGGUGGCCAUCGUGACAGGCGCGGGGACGCUCGGCGAGGGCAUCGGCAACGGGCGGGCCACCGCGAUCCUGCUGGCCGAGGAUGGGGCGGCGGUGGUGUGCGUGGACCGCGACGGCGCGCUGGCGGAGCGCACGGCGGAGAUGAUACGGGCCGAGGGCCGGGGCAGGGCGCUGGCGCUGGCGGCGGACGUGACGCGCGACGCGGAGUGCGCGGCGGUGGUGGAGGCGGCGCUGGAUGCGUUUGGGCGCGUCGACGUGCUGGUCAACAACGUGGGCGUGCUGGGGGCGCGGGGAACGGCGACGGAGGCGGACGCGGAGGCAUGGGCGCGGGGGCUCGAGGUCAACGUGACGAGCAUGGCGCUCAUGGCCAAGCACGCGAUCCCGGCGAUGCUGCGCAACGACAUCAACAACAACGACGCCGACGCCGCGGGAGGGGGAAUCCGCGGCAGCAUCGUCAACGUCGGGUCGGUGGCCGGCCUGCGGGGCGGGACGCCGAGCCUGCUGUACCCGACGAGCAAGGGCGCCGUGGUCAACAUGACGCGGGCCAUGGCGGCGCACCACGGCGCGCAGGGCGUGCGGGUCAACUGCGUGUGCCCGGGGAUGCUGCACACGCCCAUGAUGGACAGCCCCGCGGCGCCCAUGUCGGCGGAGACGCGCGAGGCGAGGCGCCGGCGGAGCCUGCUGGGCACCGAGGGCAGCGCGUGGGACGCGGCGGCGGCGGUGCGCUUCCUGGCGGGCGGGGAGGCGCGCUGGAUCACGGGCACGGUGCUGACGGUGGAUGCGGGCGCGACGUGCUCGACGGCGAUUGCCAUGGACUGA